AUGUCCGACAAAACCGACAAACCCCCCAAAGAGGACUCCCCCUCGCGCAACCAAGCCACCAAACGCCUCCGCCAACUCUCCGCACAGGUACUACCACCCGACUACUCCGACGUGCUCUCCCACAUCAACACUCUCCGCACACUAGCCACAACCCCAGACCCAUCUCGCAGAGGCUACAUCCGCCAAAAGCAAGCAGGGAAGCUAUGGGUUCGCGAACGUCUCGAACAACUUCUCGAUCCCGACAGCUUCCAAGAAAUCGGCUCGCUCUCGGGUACUGUAACAUGGGAGAAAACCGGGCCUAUGCGCGAGAAGCCCGUUGCCUUUACACCCAGUAACAAUGUCCAAGGUAUGGGGAAAUUGCGUGGUCGGAAAGUCCUACUGACUGCGGAUGAUUUCACUCUCCGGAGUGGUCAUGCGGAUGGUGCUUCGCAUGGGAAAACGCUCUAUCUGGAGAAGCUGGCGCUGGCUCUGAGGUUGCCUGUUGUUAAAUUGGUGGAUGGGAGUUCGGGGGGAGGUAGUGUUACUACGAUUCGUACGGCUGGGUGGAGUUAUUUGCCGUAUGUGUCGAUGUAUAGGCAUGUUGUGGAGCAGUUGAACCAGGGAAUUCCGAAUUUGGGGGCUGUGGUUGGGCCGGCUAUUGGAUUGGGAGCUGCACGAGUAGUAUCCUGUCAUUUCUCCGUUAUGGCGGCGGAUGUGGGAUCGCUCUUCAACGCAGGCCCGGAAGUAGUGAAGGGAGCCACGUUCGAGGAAGGACUGGACUUCCAGACUCUAGGUGGCCCGAUGAUACAUUGCACUAACGGGACCAUCGACAAUCUAGCCGCCAACGAAGCCGAGUGCUACGAGCAGCUGCGCACUGUAUUGAGCUACCUGCCCAACUCUGGACGGGAAGCACCACCGGUUAUUGCUGCUGAUGAUCCAGAAGACCGUGAGGAUGAGGCGCUGCGCCGGAUCAUCCCUCGACGGCAGACGCGCAUGUACAACCCGUGGACUAUUAUUACCAGCGUCGUGGACAAGGGGUCAUGGUUCGAGAUUGGUGCGCUCUGGGGUCGCACUGCUAUCGGGGGUCUGGCGCGCCUGGGAGGGCGACCGGUGGGCGUGAUAUCGCUCAAUUGCGAGGUAAAUGGGGGAGCUUUGGAUGCAGCAGGCAGUCAGAAACUUGCGCGUUUACUGAAGCUCUGUGAUGUGAUGAAUCUGCCUGUUUUGCAGUUCAUUGACGUUCCGGGGUAUGCCAUCGGCACCGUCGCAGAACGAACCGCGACUAUGCGCUGGGGUGUAGAACUAGGCAAGACAUAUUUCACCACGACGAUGCCCUUGUUCAAUGUCAUUACGCGACGAGCCUAUGGGGUGGCUGGAGGUCUUAUGCUUGGAGCGCGUGACCCGGUCAUGCAAGUGGCUUGGCCAUCCGGUCAAUGGGGGUCCUUGCCAUUGGAAGGUGGGAUUGAGGUCGCACAUCGUCACGAGCUGCGCGAAGCGGAGAAAUUAGGCCAGAAGGAAGCCCGGUAUAAAGAGCUGGAGGAGGAGUAUCGACGGUUGAUGAACCCAGUGCGGACGGCAAAUGCAUUUGGCGUUGAGGAGAUCAUCGACCCGAAGGAUACUCGGCGGGUGUGUUGCGCAUGGGCGCAACAUGUAUAUGAGGUUAUGAUACCGGAGAGACUGGCCGAUCGUGCAGCAGGGAAGAUUCAGCCUAUUUUUAUGUAG